ACAAACCACGCCCACGUAGUACGUUUUCUGGGCUGUGUUGAACAUAACACACCUCAAAUUCAUCAAUUUAUAAUAAUUUGUUUUGUAUUAAGAAAGUCAGGGGACGUUGUUUAGGUUUUAUUUGAGAAAGUAUCAAAAUGAUCCAUUUAUUGCACCUAAAUGACUUAUUGUAAAACGAAUCGAAGAUGUUAACAAACGCAGAAAACAGUAAUGUUGAGGAGCUUUUAAUUAUCAACAAAGAUGAGCCUAGUUCAAAUAACUGCGAGGCGGGAGCCAGGCUGACUUGGAUCUCCAAGGCAGAGGAUAAUCAUGAUGAAGACGGUUGCGAGCUUCAGGACCAACAACAACAACUUUUGUGCAUCACGUUCACAUCUGAGGACGGACAGACACACCACACAGAAACUGCCGAGCCAAUAUUCAUUGAUUUUUCUGGGAAUCAAAGUGCGGGUGGUAAAAUAAAUACACAGGAUAUUUUACCAAGAGUUAGCGAUUUCAUUGGGAGUAUUGACAACGUCAGCCUUGCCAGUUUAUCAGAGGACAUUAAUUUUGAAACAAAACUCAAAGUUUUGGACGCUGUCUUGCCUGCACCUUCCAAAGACCGGGCCACAAUUUUUAGAACCAAUGACAGUAUUUUCAUCUGCAACAUUUGCGAAACACAAUUUCUCAGUGUCGAAGACUGCAAAACCCACUGCAAGGAGCAUGUCAAAAGAAAAGCAUGGUUUUGUGAAUUGUGCAAGCUUCCUUUCAAAAGCCACAGUCUGUUAACAAAGCAUAAUAGAGAAUCUCAUCAUGAAAGCGAGAUCUUCUCUUGUGAGAAAUGUGAGCUCAUAUUUGAUCGCCAAGCCCAACUCAAAUACCACGAGCGGAGGGUUCAUCUUCAGGAGAGGAGUCAAGUUUGCCAGUUUUGUGGGAAGGGAUUUUUCAAGAGAUGUGACCUGAAAAUGCAUCUUAACAUUCACCUUGGCAUCAUGAAGAACAUCUGCGAGAUUUGUGGAAAGCAAUUUCAUAAUAGGUCAAACUUAAUUCGACAUGCCCGACUUCAUUCAGGAGUAAAACCAUAUGUUUGCUGCACUUGCGGAGUCAGGUUUAACCAAGUGAGCGCCUUGAAAAGCCACAAACUGCAGCGACACCCUGUUGGCAAUAAAAAAGAUGGUUUCCCUUGCCCCAGCUGUGGCAAAGUUAUGACCACAGUUGCUGUGCUGAAGAAGCACUUUAAACUAGUACACAAAAGCAAUCUUGAUAGCGCUGUUUUCAAGGAUUCGGUUGGAAUAUCAAGUGAUGGUAGAAGCUGCAGGAGAAAAUAUUAUUGCAAAAUAUGUGGUCUGAAUUUCAAAAACGUUCAGAAACUUCAGAGCCAUGAAAACGAAAGCCAUUCAAAUGCAGAAGAAUUUUUGUGCAAAAGUUGCAAUCAGAAGUUUAAUUCCAUAGAUGAAAUUAAAAGUCACUGUUGUGUUAGUCCAAUUGGAGAUGACACUCGAUUAAUGCUGAAACAAUUGCUUGACAUGCAGGAAGACAUGUCCGACGAGGAAGAUUUCAUCGUGAAACCUGACAUUGUUGAGCCAUCACAUAAUGUUAUUCGUGUGCCUGCAAGCAGGAUUUCCUCUCCUACACGCUUGCCAAUACCUAACCCUGCCGCCAGUGAUGUUCGAGAAAUGGUCAUCCAUGUUCAAGCAGAGGGUCAGAGCGAGCUUAUGGCUGUCCACGUCAAAUACAACAUGAAUUACAUUUUCUCUUUGGACGACAAGAUUCUACCGGACGCCACUGAAGCUGUUCCAGAACCUAUAGGGAAAAUUUUAAGUGAAGUUUUUGAAGAGCCAGUAAAUCCUGUGAACAGACCAAAUCCUGAGGCACCUGCUGUGACGAAAAAGUUCAAAUGUGAAGACUGCGGAAAUACUUUUAACAAAAUGCACAAUUUCAAGCAGCAUUUAGCUACACAUAAUAUUGAAUUGAAAAAAUACACAUGCUCUGUGUGCUGCCAAGCGUAUGCCUGGAAGUCGUCUCUGAACAAACACAUUCAGGCGCAUCACACAGAAAAGACUGGAAAUGUUCUGUGCAAUUUGUGUCCAAAAAGCUUCAAUACAAACCAAGCAUUCAAUGAACACGUCAGACGUGAUCACAUUGGCGAAAAAUCUCACAAGUGCUCCGAGUGUGGCAAAGCAUUUUUCAAGAAAAGUGAUCUGAUAGUUCAUAAGCGAAUUCAUGCAAAUGAGAAGCCAUAUAUUUGCGGCAACUGCGGUAAAACGUUUUCCCACAUCUCCCACAUUAUUCGUCAUGAGCGCAUUCACUCGGGAGUGAAACCAUACACCUGUGAUGUCUGUGGCAAAACUUUUGUCCAGUCUACAACCAUGCAUGUGCACAAGAAGAAAAUGCACAGUUCUACGGCAAACCCUAAACAGCCCACUGAAAGCAAAGACGCUCUACAAAAAAUUAUGAGUUCUUCUGCUAUCUCUGAGAGCGAGCAGAUUCUAGAAAAUUUGUUUGAUAGCUUAUAAUCUGCUUGUAAUCAAAAAUUUUUAAUAAUAAAAGUAAUGCAAGGAAGCAUAUAUGUUCAAUUAAAAGAUUUUAGAGGAUUUUAGAAUUAGGACAACAAUUCAAUGAUGCAUAAUUCACAAUUUCUUUAAAGGAA